AUCACAAAACAAAGUGGAGGCUGCCUCCACCGAAAAAACGGUCUUUCGUUGCCUCACACUUCUGCCAUGGCUGCAGCGAUGUGGACCGUCCGGGUACCGCGAGCUCUGACUGUUUUGGGGACAGUGACGAGAUCCAGAUCCAGUCAAACUGCUUUAAAACCCCAGUACGAUGCACUGGUGAUCGGAGGAGGACACAAUGGAAUGGUGGCAGCCGCCUAUCUGCAGAAGGGAGGACUGAAGACAGCGGUGCUGGAGCGCCGACAUGUUCUGGGAGGAGCAGCCGUUUCAGAGGAAAUUUUUCCUGGUUUCCACUUCUCCAGGUGUUCCUAUUUGCUCAGUUUAUUAAGGCCACAUAUAUACAAAGAUUUGGAGCUCAAGAAACACGGGCUGAGGGUGUAUAUGAGGGACCCCCAUGCUUUCACCCCCAUGCUGGAGGAGGGGGUGAGUGGUGCCCCCCCAAGGUCUCUCACCCUGGGCUCAGAUCUGGCCAUGAAUCAGAUGGAGAUCGGCAAGUUCUCAAAGAAGGACGCUGAGGCUUUUCCAGCAUUCAAUGCGUACCUUGAGAAGCUAGCUGGAGCUAUUCACCCUCUUCUGGACGCACCUCCAGUAGACAUCGCAGGUGUUACCUCUGGAUCACCUAUUAAGAGGCUGAAUGCAGCUAAAACACUGAUGCCUCUUGUCAAAUGUGGUUGGAAACUAGGCGGAAACAUUCCAGACUUUUAUGAGAUUAUAACUGCACCAAUAAUGAAGAUUCUCAACCGUUGGUUUGAGUCGGAGCCACUGAGAGCAACGCUGGCCACUGAUGCUGUGAUAGGAGCCAUGACCAGUCCAAGUAAUCCUGGUAGUGGAUAUGUGCUCUUGCACCAUGUGAUGGGAGAGCUGGAGAAGGAGAAGGGAUCAUGGGGUUAUGUCGAGGGAGGCAUGGGAGGAGUCUCUCAGGCGAUUGCUCGCUCGGCUCGAUCCUGUGGUGUUGACAUUUUUACAGAGAAGGAUGUAGGACAGGUCCUGGUGUCCUCGGAUGGCGUUGCCAAAGGGGUGGUACUGAAGGACGGCACAGAGAUCCACAGUAAAGUUGUUUUAUCAAAUGCUACCCCAUAUGUUACCUUCAAGAACCUCACACCUCAGGCUGCCCUUUCUCCAGAGUUCAUCAAAGCCGUCGAUCAGAUAGACUACACCUCACCUGUGACCAAGAUAAAUGUGGCAGUGGACAAGCUACCAAACUUCCUAGCAUCUCCGACACCAAGCGAUAAACCGGGACCCCACCACCAGUGCUCCAUUCAUCUCAACUGCGAAAGCGUAGAACUUCUGGAGACAGCAUACAAAGAGGCCGUGAAUGGACGUCCCUCAGCAAGACCCAUGUUGGAAAUGACCAUCCCCUCUGUGUUGGAUCCUACUCUGGCCCCCCCUGGCUGCCAUGUAGUGUCACUGUUCACCCAAUAUACCCCCUACCGCAUAGAGGGCCGGGAGUGGACCGACCAGGACAGGGAAGACUACGCAGACACGGCAUUUGACUGGGUGGAGCAAUACGCCCCUGGGUUUAAAAAGUCCAUUUUGGGAAAGGACAUCCUGGCUCCACCCGACCUGGAGAGGAUCUUUGGGCUCACUGGAGGGAAUAUCUUCCAUGGAUCAAUGUCGCUGGACCAGCUCUACCUAGCACGACCUUUGCCCUCUCUUUCGCACUACCGGACCCCAAUAAAAGGACUGUAUCUGUGUGGCAGUGGCUCUCACCCAGGUGGUGGUGUGAUGGGUUCCCCUGGCUGGAAUGCAGCGCUCAUCGUCCUGCAUGAUAGAAAACGUCAGUGAAACAUGAAGCGGCAUCAGCGUGCGUCAAGCUCAUCGGCGCUCUUUUAAAAAAAAAUUGUGUGUGAAUUUGACUGAGAAACUGACACUGCUUCAACUUAUAGGCUGUCCAUGUCAAAAGUACACCAGACAAUCACUCCUGAUUUUAGAUACUGGUGUAAUACUGCUGCACUAAAUCCUUUGGCAACAUUACUUAUGUCAGCAGAAAACCACCAAUACCAGCACAACAUGAAUGUUGACAAAGGACUUUUUAAAUAAGUACAAUGUGACUUUUUAUGACUUUGUAUGAAUGAAUAAAACCAAAUUUAAGAUGA